AUGAACUACAUCUCAAACCUCGUCAACUCAGAUGGCAUAAUCAACCCCCUCAUCGACAACGGCUACCUGCCCCAUGCCGCCAUCCGCCUAGGCAUCCGGCGCCAGCUAGCCGACCGCCUCUCCUCCAUUGCCACGACCUCGCUGGAAGCAGGCUACGAGUCGAAAAUGCAGUAUGUGGAGCUGCUGCGCCAACGGCCCAUUGCGAUUGAGACGGCAAAGGCAAAUGAUCAGCAUUAUGAAGUUGGCACGCAGGUUUUAAAGGGUAUGUUGGGCCCGAGGAUGAAGUAUUCGGCUUGUUUGUAUGAGAAGGGUGGGGAGACGUUGGGGGAGGCGGAGGUGAGGAUGAUGGAGUUGUAUGUUAAGAGGGCGGGGUUGAAGGAUGGGAUGACGGUGUUGGAUUUGGGCUGCGGCUGGGGCUCCCUAUCGCUCUACCUCGCCGAAAUCUUCCCCAACAGCUCCAUAACCGGCUUCUCCAACUCGCGCACGCAAAAACAGCACAUUGACUCGGUCGCUACGGCCAAAGGCUUCAAGAACCUGCGCAUCGUAACCGGCGACGUCGUGGACCACGAAUUCGAGCCGGAAAAGUACGACCGCGUCCUUUCCAUUGAGCUCUUUGAGCACAUGAAGAACUACUCGCUGCUCAUGGCCAAGGUCAGCCGCGCUCUCAAACCAGGCGGUAAGUUGUUUGUGCAUAUUUUUGCGCACAAGGAUACGCCGUAUGACUUUGAAGGCGGGUGGAUGACGGAGCACUUCUUCACGGGCGGCACGAUGCCGAGUGCUGAUUUGCUUCUCUUCUUCCAAGAUGAUCUUAGGAUUAAGAGGCAGUGGUGGGUUAGUGGCAUGCACUAUAGUAAGACGUGUGAGGAUUGGUUGACGACUAUGCUGAGCAACAAGGAGAGUAUUUGGAAGGGGCUGGAGGAGACGUAUGGUAAGGAUGGUGCGUUGCCGUGGUGGAAUAGGUGGCAGGUAUUUUAUCUGGCUUGCAGUGAGCUGUUUAGGUGGGAUGGGGGUGAUACGUGGGGUGUUAGUCAUUAUCUGUUUGAGAAGCCUGAAUAA